AGAUUGAAUUCACUUCAGGAACUUCAGCUCCUUGAGAUCAUGUGCAAUUAUUUCCAAGAGCAAACCAAGGAUUCAGUCCGGCAGAUCAUUUUCUCAUCUCUAUUCAGCCCUCAAGGAAACAAAGCAGAUGACAGCAGGAUGGCUUUACUAGGAAAACUGGUUUCCAUGGCAGUGGCUGUGUGCAGGGUUCCUGUUCUGGAGUGUGCUGCCUUCUGGCUGCAGCGAACCCCUGCUGUGUACUGCGUGAGGCUAGCCCGAGCCUUGGUCGAUGACUACUGCAACUUGGUGCCAGGGUCCAUCCAGACGCUGAAGCAGAUAUUCAGUGCCAGUCCUCGCUUUUGCUGCCAGUUCAUUACAUCCGUCACAGCUCUGUACGACCUCUCUUCAGAUGACCUCAUCCCUCCUUCGGAUCUGCUCGAGUUGAUUGUUUCCUGGAUCUUUGAGGACCCCCGCUUGAUCCUCAUCACCUUUCUAAACACUCCUAUUGCAGCCAACCUGCCAAUAGGGUUUUUAGAGCUCACCCCGCUGACGGGACUGAUCCGUUGGUGUGUGAAGGCCCCCUUGGCUUAUAAAAGGAAGAAGAAAGCCUCUCUCUCAAAUGGACAUCCUCCCAGCAAAAUUGCCAAGGACUCGACUUCAGGAGAAGACAGAGAUUGCCACCAGCUGUAGUCAAAACUGCAUCUAAGUGUCCUGCAGGUUCUUACGAUGCUCCAGGGGCAUUUAACGGAGAAGAACCUUUAUGGGCGCCUGGGGCUAAUACCCUUUGACCACGUGGUUCCGCUCGUUGAGGAAAUUAACAGACUAUCUGACGAACUCAAUCCUCUUAAUGCAUCCAAAGAGAUCGAACUGGCUCUAGACAGACUGGCACAGGCUUUGCAAGUGGCCAUGGCAUCGGGAGCACUCCUGUGCACUAGAGAUGACUUGAGAACUGUGUGCUCCAGGCUACCGCAUAACAACCUGCUCCAGCUGGUGAUUUCAGGUCCAGUACAGCAACCGACCCAUGGCGCUCUGCCACCAGGAUUUUAUCCUCAUAUCCAUACUCCUCCUCUGGGCUACCCCGCGCAUGCCGCACACCCUGCGCUCCCGGCUCACCCGGCGCUCCCGGCUCACCCCGUACAAACAUUUAUACCAGGAAUGACAUUCCCAUACCGACCUAUUCGCUAA